AUGCCCAGUAUGGACUAUAACCCUCGCAUGAGUAUGGCUCGAAGCCAGCAGCCUCCUUCAAGCCAGCAAAAGCAGCGAAAAGAGCCCGACGAAGAUGCGUUUAUGACCUUGCCAGACAAGGAGAUUGCAGGUUGUAUCAGUGACAUCGGCAUCAACUUCAGCAUCGACGACCUCCGCAAGCCGAACCCUCAGCAAAUCCAAAAAGUCUUCGAAUGGUUCGCCGAACUCCUCACAAUGACCACACGCGAAAUUGUCGCACCAGCUAUGCGAGCAGCAGCAGAAGACAUGUGCGGCGCCGAUGAUUACGAACGAAUCUUCACUGCCGAUACGCGCGAGCUUAUGGGCUUCUUCAUCACAAUGCGCAAACUCCUCCUCGAAUGCGGCAUCAAAGACUUUACCUUUUCCGACGUAUAUCGACCGACACACCCUCGUCUUGUCAAAAUCUUCAGCUACAUCAUCAACUUCAUCCGGUUUCGCGAGUCACAGACGGCAGUCAUCGAUGAACACUACAACUCAAGCGAGCGCACGAAGAAUGCAAUCGAGCAGCUCUACCACGCGAAUCAGGAGAAGGAAGAUCAUCUGCAAGAAAUGCAACACAACCGCGCGAACGUCGAAGCCGCACUCGCCGAAAAAGAACGCAAAGCCUCAGAUCUCAAGACUCGCCUCCUUGAGCUCAAGAAGUCCCAAGAACGCGUCACCGAACGCCUCGAACGUGUGAAAGCAGACCAAUCCCGCCUCAAAUCCCUUCUCGAAGACAAAACCUCCACAGUUAUGCAAACCCGCACAGAAGCCAACAAGCUCCGGCCAUAUACCGAACAAUCACCCGCAAACCUCGAGCAAUCCCUCCGCGACCUCUCCGCGAACCUUAACACGGAUCGCAACCAGAUCGAGGUCCUCGACCGACGCUCCCGCGCGCUGCAGACCUCUUGCGACACAUUCUCCCUCCUCCAAACAGACAUUCAAUCCUUGAACCGCCUCCUAACCGAUCUGUCCACCGAAUUGGCAAAAGAAGAAGACGAAUCCCGAUCAGCUGCACGAAACCGCGAAGCUCUCACCGAAAAGUCGAAUAAUGUAAGAGAAGUGGAACGGCAAGAGAAGAUGCUCAGGAAACAAUUACAACAAUGGACGGACCGCACGGAGAAACUCCGGAACGACGCAGAAGAACGCGCGAAGAACGCGAAAUCCAAGAUGGAGGGAUUGCGGAAGAUGCAUCGGGAAUUGACGAGCGAGAGGCGGGAGAAGGGCGAGGAGGUGGAGAAGCGGAGGGUGCGGAUCGAGCAGACGGAGAAGAAGAUGGCGGACUUGAAAGAGCAGAUUGAGCAUGAGGUGCAGGCUGCGAGGGAGGAGUAUAUGAAGAUGGAGAGUCAUAUCAAGCUGUAUAUCACUGAGAUGGACCAGGUCAUUGUAUGA